AUGGGUAAUAUUAUCGGUCACACCAUUAAAAUUGAUUUUAAUACUCAAACAAUUCAGAGAGGCAAGUCUGCGAGGAUUGCGAUUGAUAUGGACUUGGAGACUCUUAUGAAAGCAUCUAUUAGAGUAGAGGAUAGAGAUCAACAAGGAUCAAGAUUCAAUAUUCUGACAAUUAAUGAAGAUACUACUAGUAGAAAUCAAGCCCUCAAUAUUGCUACUGCCAGUCGUGUUAUGGAUGCACAAUCCUAUCGCAGUCAGGCCUAA